AUGAUAGUCACCUCAGCCGCCGUAUCCACUAUUGCCCUAAGGGGGAAACCCCCUAUCACUAUAGGGAUAUUAAGAGAGGAACUGGAAUGCAGUCGGCAAACCACUACCUCCGCCCCUUCCUCCUCCGAUUCCGGAUCCGGGGCGGCAUCCGGCUCCGGAUCCAGGGCGGUAUCCGGCUCCGGAUCCAGGGCGGUAUCCGGCUCCGAAUCCGAGGUGACAUCCGGCUCCAGAUCCGGGGUGGCCUCCGGCAUCGGGUCCAGCGACCCGAUCAUCUGUGGAGGAUUCGAAGGUUCGCAAAAUGUAACCUCUCCUAUGCACUGGGAGAGUGCCUCGCCCAGCUCCGUGGUGGCUUCCAUCAAUCCCGACCCACCGGAACCAGGCUCUCCCACCUGA